CUUUGCUCAACUACUCCUUUUCUUCCCACAUUUUCCUUUGCCUAAAGGGGGUAGCAGAGAGAGAAAGCAUUAUCCAUGACGAUCAAGCCAACAGUUCGAAUUGCGGGGCGUAAGCUGGUGGUGAAGGAGCGUACCAUACUCACCGACGUGCCGGAAAAUGUGGUGGCCACCUCCGGCGAGGCGGUGGAGGGCGUGUUUCUGGGGGCUGUUUUCGACGAAGAGAGCUGCCGGCACGUGGUCCGACUCGGGAAACUGCAGGACGUCCGGUUCUUGGCUUGUUUCCGGUUCAAGUUGUGGUGGAUGGCUCAAAAAAUGGGUGAAAAUGGCCGCGACGUACCGUUGGAGACUCAGUUCUUGCUUGUCGAAGCUAAAGAAGAUCAUCAAGAUGAGGAAAACAUUGCCUACACGGUGUUUCUGCCUCUAAUCGAAGGCCCCUUCAAAGCUUGUCUUCAGGGGAACGAUGGAGACGAGCUCGAGUUGUGUUUGGAGAGUGGGGAUAACGAUACUCUGGCGUCGGCUUUCACCCACUCCGUCUACAUUAGCUCCGGUUCGGAUCCGUUCGCUACUAUACACGAGGCGAUGAAGGCUGUUAAAAUGCACCUCGGGACGUUUAAGCUGAGGGACGAGAAGAAAUUGCCGGAUAUUGUCGACUACUUCGGGUGGUGCACAUGGGAUGCUUUCUAUCAGGAGGUGACUCAACAAGGGGUGGAAGCCGGCCUCGAGAGCCUCACCUCUGGCGGCGCUCCACCCAAAUUCGUCAUCAUCGACGACGGCUGGCAGUCGGUCGCCGGCGAUGAAGAAAAACAACAACAACAACAACAAGAGCUCGGUCAGCCUCAACUACUGAGGUUGACCGGAGUGAAAGAGAACGCGAAAUUCCAAACGGAGGACCCAAAAAUUGGGAUCGAGAAUAUCGUGAAAAUCGCGAAAGAGAAGUACGGGUUGAAAAGCGUGUACGUGUGGCACGCAAUCACAGGGUAUUGGGGUGGGGUGAGGCCCGGCGUGAAGGAGAUGGGGGAGUACGAUUCGGCCAUGCAAUACCCGAAGGUGUGCAAUGGUGUGAUGGAGAACGAGCCCGGUUGGAAGACCGACGCACUAGCGGUGCAGGGUUUGGGUUUGGUGAAUCCGAAGAACGUGUACAAAUUCUACAACGAGUUGCAUAGCUAUUUGAGGUCGGCCGGUGUCGACGGGGUCAAAGUAGACGCGCAGUGCAUAUUGGAGACACUUGGGGCUGGUCUUGGUGGCAGAGUUGAGCUAACCAAGCAGUAUCAUCUAGCUCUCGAUGCAUCUGUCGCCAGAAAUUUCGCGGACAACGGGUGCAUCGCCUGCAUGAGCCACAAUCUCGAGUCACUUUACUGCUCAAAGCAAACAGCUAUAGUGAGAGCAUCGGAUGAUUUCUUCCCACGAGACCCUGUGUCGCACACGAUCCACAUUGCGGCCGUUGCGUACAACACCGUGUUCCUAGGAGAAGUAAUGCAGCCCGAUUGGGACAUGUUCCAUUCCGUCCAUCCCGCGGCAGAGUACCACGGAUCGGCCAGAGCUCUUAGUGGUGGAUCUGUCUACGUUAGCGAUAAACCAGGGAAGCAUAAUUUCGAACUACUGAGGAAGCUUGUUCUUCCCGAUGGCACCAUCCUCCGGGCCCGCUUUCCCGGUCGACCUACUAAGGACUGCCUAUUUUCCGAUCCUACUCGUGAUGGUGUUAGUCUGUUGAAGAUAUGGAACAUGAACAAGUACAGUGGAGUACUAGGAGUGUACAACUGUCAGGGCGCGUCGUGGAAUAGUGUCGAGAGGAAGAACACUUUCCACCAAGCAACAAUAUCGACUGAACCGAUAACCGGAUACAUCAAGGGUGGUGACGUCCAUCUCAUUUCCGAGACCGCCCUCGACGCAAACUGGGAUGGGAAAGUGGCUCUCUACUCCUACAUGAAAGGCAGCAUCACCAUUCUGCCAUACGAUGUUGCCAUUCCCGUUUCUCUAAAGGUCCUCGAGCACGAGAUUCUUACAAUCACACCCGUUAAGAUAUUGGCACCCAGUUCGAGGUUCGCCCCGCUCGGACUUAUUGACAUGUUUAAUGGUGGUGGAGCAAUACAAGGGCUGAAAUAUGAAGAGGGAGAGAAUGGUGUUGUUUACUUAGAGGUGAAGGGUUGUGGGCGUUUUGGCGCGUACUCGUUGACCAAGCCUAAAAAAUGCACAAUCGGAUCGUCUGCGGUCGACUUUGAGUAUGAUUCGGCCUCCGGUUUAUUGACCUUAAACUUGGAAGAGAUGCCUCUUGAGCAUCAGAAAGUUCACUAUAUUGUGAUUGAAUUAUGAACUUAUUGUCAUUGCAAGGCUAGAUUAUGAUGCUAUAAAUUAUCAUAAGGGCUUUUGUUUUUUUGGAAAAUGUAAUAAUAUUGGUUGCUUCCCUUUGUUGUCGACAUUCGGUCGGUUUGGUGUGUUUCGUGGUUGAACUUGUGAGAACACCAACCUUGCUUGUAAGAUGUAACCGCAAUUCAUAGUAUUGAUGCUUGGAAGAAUCUCGUUGUAGUAGUACUAUCCCAGUUCAUAUGUAUUGGAUCAUCAUAAACUUCUUUCGCACAUU